CAGUCCUGACGUCAUAUUCCCGCGCCCGUGUUCCGCUCGGUCCGAAGCAUCGGGGGAGAAUCGCGCUUUUCUUCCCGCCGGUGCUCUCCGGUGUCCGCCGUUAAACCCACGUGGUGUGUUGGAGCGCGAUGGGCCCCGUGGAGCUCCUCCACAUGUCCGUCUUCUCGCAGAGUUUCUCUCCCUGUGGACGGUUUCUCGCAGCAGGAAACAACUACGGAGAGAUUGCAGUGUUCAGCCUGUCUGCCGCUUUAAGUCCAGACGCCACGGCCCAGAGUCAGAAACCCGUCCUGACCUUCUCAGCUCAUGAAGGCCCCGUGUUCUCGCUCCUCUCCAACGAGUGUCACCUCCUCAGCGCGGGGAACGGGGAGGUGAGCUGCUGGAGCUGGGCCGAGCUCAUCAAGAAGAACACCAAACCUCUGUGGACCAAGAGACCCAACUACAAGUCAAGCCUCGAAAUCCCAGAGAUCAACUCCAUGACCUUCAACUCCAGAGACAACAGUCUGGUUCUGGCUGGAGGAGACAACAACGUUCACAUCCUGGACCUGGAGAGCGGCCUGUUCAAGUCCGUCCUGCAGGGCCACUCGGACUACGUCCACUGCGUGAGCGUCAGGGGCCGCGAGGGCGAGAUCCUGUCGGGGGGGGAGGACGGAGCCGUGCGGAUGUGGGACAGCAGGACGGGUCAGUGUGUCCACUGCAUCGAGGUCCACAAGUACGAGAGUUGUGCUCGGCCUCAGUUUGGUAAAUGGAUCAGCUGUGUGACAACGGACUCUGAUUGGAUGCUGUGUGGUGGGGGUCCGUCUCUCUCUCUGUGGCAUCUCCGCUCUCUGUCUCCCACCUCCAUCUUCCCUCUGAUUGGCUGCCAGAGACAGACCAGCUUCUACCAGGACAUGAUCCUGGCCGUAGGAGACGGCCCAUCCGUCUCUCACUGUCUGCUUGGAGGAGAAGUCAAAGCUCAGAUUCCGUGUUCUCCUCAGAGUCUCAACACCAUGCAGCUCAACACCAACAGCACCGAUUACAGAGUGCUGACGGUGGGAGGAAGCAGCGAUCACAUCGACGUGUUCACCAACCUGUCCUACAGGACCUUCUCCUUCACCUUCUAACGCAUCAGUGUUUAUUUGACAGUUUUGUAAUCGUUAUUUUGAAGAUAAUAAAAUGUUUGAUAUCCUUCAAA